AUGGCGGAGGAGCCCAGCAGUGUCAUUGCACCCUACAACAGCCAGGAGCUUGAACGGACAGAAGCUGCAAAGCAGAAGGUUGUGAGGACAUAUAGGAAGAUGCAUGAGUUCCUGGACAAGGAGGAGUCCUCUCUUCUGGCCCAGCUGGAGCAGCUGGACACAGAGAUAAGGAAAACCCAUGAAGAAAUCCUCCAGAGGCUUUUGGAGGAGACAAGGAGGCUGGGCACGCUGAUUGGGGAGAUGGAGAGGACGUUCCAGCAGCCAGACUGGCAGCUCCUGAAGGACAUUGGAACCACCUUGAGCAGGGGCCAGAGGGAAACGCUCUCCCACUCACUCCAGAUUUCCCCGCAGCUGGAGAAGAAAUUCUCUGACUUCACCAAGAAGAACCCAGACAUCAAGGAACUUCUGGAGAAAGUUCCAGAUUUCUUGGAGUUCGAAGGUCCUUUGACAACACAGAUGACGCUGGACCCAGAGACAGCCAAUGCCGGGCUUUAUCUCUUGGAAGACUGCAAGCUCGUGUGGUGGGAAUUGCAUCAGCAGCACUUACACUUCAACCCAGGGAGGUUCACAGUCCAUCCCUGUGUGCUGGGCUCAAGGGGCUUCACAUCAGGGUGA